AUGGACGUAGAUGCCAAAGUUGAGGCCACAUAUUCAGCUAAAGAAAUCGACCAAAGAAUAUGGACCGAUUUACUCGUUGAUACUCGGAACAAAAAUCAUGAUCGUUCUGUCGUCGGACACAACGGUCAAGAAGUAUUGGACAAGAGGAGUAGCAACUACUCUGACCGGCCAGACAUGUUUAUCGGUCAAAAAGUAGCCAGUGGUGAUCUCCGCCUCGUUGUGAUGAGAUACGGAGACAACUGGCGCAUGAUCCAUCGCAUGGUACACAAUAUUUUGAACAUCAAGGCUGCUGUCACGUACGUCCCUUACCAGGACCUCGAGAAUAAGAUUCUCCUGAACGACCUCUUGGAAACUCCUUCCGACUUUCUCCAACACAUAAGAAGAUUCACCUACUCUCCUUCUACGCAGAUGAUUUACGGUUAUCGCUGUACUGAUAACCAUGACCCGAAGCUCCUGCAGCUGUUUGAGAGGUUUGAGAAUUGGGGCAAACUGUCCGGAAGUUCUAGCGCUCAGUUGGCAGAUGUUUACCCUUUCAUCCAAAGCUUACCCAGUGCUAUUGCGCCCAACGUCAGAUACGCGAAGAAGCUUUACGAGAUUGAGAGCAAGAACUAUCUCAGGCACUGGAUGAUGUCGAAGAAAGCACUUGAUGACGGAACAGGAUUGUCCUGCUUCUGCAACGAUCGUCUCCCCACCAUUGAUGAUUAUCCGAACCUCCCGUACAUCCGCUGUUGCAUUAAGGAGAGCCUGCGGUGGAUGCCUACUGUCUUUCUUGGCGUGCCCCAUGCUGCGGUCAAGGACGACGUUUACAUGGGUUACAACAUCCCGAAAGGUGCGACUGUUGUUAACAAUGUGUGGGCCAUCCACAUGGAUGAAGAGCGUUCGCCCAACCCCCGCGUAUUCGACCCCGAGCGCUUCAGGGGUGACCACACGACGCUUUACCAGUCCGCUAUGGGGGACACGAAGAAACGCGACAACUUCGUCUUCGGCGCGGGACGACGCCUGUGUCAGGGUAUCCACAUCGCUGAAAGAUCGCUCUUCCUGGGCAUGUCGAGGCUCUUGUGGGCUUUCGACUUCUCCCCGGCCCUAGAUGCCAAAGGCAAUCAGGUGAAAUACGACAUUGAGGACCUCGUCGGUGGUAUUACCGUACAACCAUCUGAACAUCCCACCCAAAUCAAGCCUCGAUCUGCGGAGAAGGUCGCUAUUAUCAGAGAUGCCGCUGACAAGUGCAAGCAGUCACUGGACCCGGUCACCAUGCAAUGGAAGCAGGUCCCGGAGGGUAUGGCGUUCAGUACCUGGAUGCCGGAUGAACUUUCAGACAACAUUUAG